AGCAACAACUGUAACCAAAUACCGGUCACCUUUGCCCUCUAUAAUACCUUGCCAAACAAGUUUUCAGGCGCACCUCUCCCACCUCAAUGACGCACCAGGCCUUGGUAUACAAGUCACUGAUAAACAACUGAUCUCACAAUGUCAGUUCAAGAGCAAGGUCAGGACCAAGACAUAUUGGCAAAUCUUCAAAUCCGUGACGCCAUGCACGUUGAUUAUGACGCUGUUUUGACGCUGGAGUCCGGACGGCACGGCUAUGACUACUUGCCUGCUCUCUACCACCCAUGGGUGGACAACCCUGCAGUGACGUUGUCUCUGGCAUGGACGGAAGAAAAAGUUUUGGUAGCAGUUAUGGUAACCUGGACCGAUGACACAGGUGAAACUAUCUAUCUUAAGACGUUUCGCAUCUCACCUGACUGGAGAGGGCGUGGCUUGAGUAUCGGACUCAGAAGGUUACUCCUUACAAAGUUGUUCAAAGAGAGCCCGAAACUACGAACCUUCAGGACGAUGGUGGACGCCAAGGCCCCACAGCUCAUCAAGAGGCUCGGGCUCGCCGUCAAGUCCAAGUUCAAAGUGGAGACGAUAUUUUUCAAAUCGGAUGUAGAAGCCCUCUCUGAUAAACUUGAGGACUUGGAGAGAUCAAUGCAGUCAACAGUAUCAACGAUCAAGCCUUUUAAGAACAUGGACAUGAAACGAAUGCUAGCCGACGAAUUCACCUCAAAAAUCCUGCCGGAAAGAACCGUCUUGGACGACACCGAUCCCUACAGUUUUUCCCUUCCUAACAUGAAGACUUUAGAAGAAAGGAAAUGCUACAUUCUUGUGGAUCGAAGCGGCCCUGCUGUGAGGAGCUUGAGCGUUGGUGGAAGCUACACUACGUCACGGGGUACGGUGUACUACUUCGCCAUACAUUGCAAGGACAGACAGUUGGCAAAAAGUCACCUUGUGUUACAGACGAAGCGAGCGUGUAGUGACCAUCGUGGAAACGUCACCUUCAUCGUCACUGUCACGGAUUCCUCCCUGACUGAAGACUUGGUUAGUUACUGUAAGGAGGCCAUGGGGCUGAAGGGCAUGCCGUACGGAGGAACACACGAACUCUUGGAGUCACGCAGUCUCGUUUGGGAAGAAAGGAAGAUAUGAAAAUGGUUAGAUCGUAACUUGGCUAAGAAACUGUUUGCUUCCGUCACCUACGCCUCUGGUAGCUUGUGUGUGAUAUGGAAUCUUGUAGGAACGUCUGAUCUUGGAGUGUAACAAAUAUUACACCUCAAU